CUUGCGCUCACCGGGGUGUGGCGUGUCUACUCACUCGCACGCCCAAAAGAGUUUUUCCGAACGGAUUUCAGCUUAUCGUCCUUCUUGUCCUCCUAGUCUUCUCUUGCUUCAUCUCGCCGCUUUUCUCCGUGCACUCACCGGGUGUGACAGCUGCAGCUCUUCGAACGUCUUCUCAAAGAAAAAAAAACAACCACUCCAGUCAAAAUGGCCAGCCGAGGAACCGUGAAAGCAAGCGCCAACUUCAACGCCAGCGCCGACGCUGAAGUUCUGUACAAGGCCAUGAAAGGCCUGGGGACGGACGAGGAAGCUAUCUUGCAGCUGCUGACGGCGCGCAGCAACGCCCAGCGUCAGCAGAUCGUCACUACCUACAAAACGCUCUUUGGAAAGGAUCUGAUACAAGACCUGAAAGGGGAGCUUGGGGGUAAAUUUGAGACGCUCAUCGUGGCACUGAUGACCGCGCCCCUCGCCUACGACGUCACGUCACUUCGCAAUGCCAUCAAGGGGGCAGGCACCGAUGAGAAGGUGCUGGUGGAGAUUCUGGCCUCCAGGACCGCUCACCAGGUGAAGGACAUCGUAGCCGCCUAUAGACGAGAGUACGAUGAUGAUCUGGAGGAAGACGUGUCAGGAGACACCUCAGGUCACUUCAAGAGGCUCCUGGUCAUCCUGCUCCAGGCCAACAGGCAGACUGGUGUCCAAGAGGCAAACAUCCAGACUGAUGCUGAAGUCCUGUUCAAGGCCGGCGAGCACAAGUUCGGCACCGACGAGCAGACGUUUGUUACCAUCCUGGGAAAUCGCAGCGCCCAGCACCUCAGGAAAGUCUUUGACGCCUACAUGAAGCUGUCAGGGUACGAGAUGGAAGAGAGCAUCAGGAGGGAGACAUCCGGAAGCCUCAGAGAGCUGCUGCUCGCUGUUGUGAAGUGCGCCAGGAGCGUCCCGGCCUAUUUUGCUGAGACUCUGUACCACGCAAUGAAGGGUGCAGGAACCGACGACAACACAGUGAUCCGAGUGAUGGCCACUCGCAGCGAGGUGGACUUGUUGGACAUCAGAGCAGAAUUCAGGAGGAUGUUUGCCUGCUCCCUCCACUCCAUGAUCAAGGGUGAUACUGGCGGCGACUACCGCAAGGCCUUACUCCUCCUCUGCGGAGGGGAUGAUGCGUAACCGUGGCAACAGUGGCCAAAUCAAAUCCCACCUCCUGCAGUUUUGGGAGACGACCGAGCUCGUUCGAAGUUACUCACCGCACAAAUGCAUCACAUUGGGAUGCUGACAGAUGAGCCGUCGGGUACUUUUGAAAAUUUCAUAGCCAAUCUUGGAAAGGUAGCUAACGUUUCAGUUUCACGUCCAUCCCGCUUUUUAACAGACGGUCCGCUAAUUUCACGAAUGAUCCCAUUUCCAUGUUUGCUCCUGUUUGUUUGAAAGCUGACUCGGUAAUAAACUUUUCAAUUGAUGAAGUACAAUCAAA